AUGGCCUCGCUGCACGUGCGCAUGAGCCUCAAGUACACGGUGCCGGCUGCCUCGCGUCUCUCGGAAAUCGUCGCGAUGCUGCACACACCAGCGUGGGUCACCUUCAUCACGAGCUACGUUGUGCCGUACCUCAAGCACAGCACGCCCGCCAAAAAAGCGAUGCGUCUCGAGCAGAUCGCACCACUCGCCACGGACGGCGACUGUACUGUCUGCAUGCAGAGCCUCGAGGACGGCGUGGCCGUACGCGUGGCUUGCGGUCACAUAUUCCACGAAGCCUGCCUUGCGCCUUGGCUGGAGCUUCGUAGCACCUGCCCGACGUGCCGCCACCAAUUCCCAAAGGAAGUUAACGGUAGCUUUGCAAUCCGAGGCAUUAACACAGCAGUCGUGCUACCCGACGCGCUCCUGAACACACCCAACGUCAUGGACGCUGUAUUGGACGGCGACACGCUCAGCACGAUUGUGCAUGUGACGCUCGUGCCCCUCAAGUCGCAAGACGCGAAGCGGUUUCCGUGCGAACUUAACGCAGUGGUCGUUCGCAGCACAUCGUCACCGCCGUCCGUCGCAGAAGACGCCACCAUGAAGCGCAGCCUCCCCGAGCCAACGCAGCCGCCCAUUGGAAAGCGGUCGCGGUCGUGCUGAGUCUUAAAGUUGACCGAGCACUCGUUCAUUGUAGUGUAGAACAUAUCCGAUCGAAGGAGAAAGUAGCAGCCGAAGUUAGUAAACCUGUAGACACCAAAUUAAUCAUUAUUGUACCAAGUCGAC